UCCUGUCCCGCAGGCGUCCCGCGCUAUGGCUCUGUCCUGGAGGAGCUGGCUGGCCAAUGAGGGGAGCAAACACCUCUUUCUGUUCUUCUGGCUCUCCCUCAAUGUGUGGCUCUUCUGGAAAACCUUCCUGCUGUAUUAUCAAGGACUGCAGUAUUAUUAUUUGCAUCAGAUGUUAGGGCUAGGAUUGUGCGUUAGCAGAGCUUCAGCAUCUGUCCUCAAUCUCAAUUGCUGCCUGGUCCUUCUACCAAUGUGCCGUGUUCUCUUGGCCUUCCUCCGGGGCUCUCAGAAGGUUGCCAGCAAGAAAACCAGAAGGCUGCUAGAUAAAAGUAAAACUUUCCAUGUGACGUGCGGUGUUACAAUAUGCAUCUUUUCAGUCUUACAUGUUGCUGCUCAUCUGGUGAACGCUCUUAACUUCUCUGAGAAUUACAGUGAAGAUUUUCUGGCACUAAAUGCAGCAAACUAUCGCGGUGAGGACCCGAGGAAACUGCUUUUUGCUACUGUUCCAGGUCUGACUGGAGUCAUUAUGGUGGUAGUAUUAUUCCUGAUGUGUACAGCUUCUACAUAUGCUAUCAGGGUUUCAAACUAUGACAUCUUCUGGUAUACACACAACCUUUUCUUUGUCUUCUAUAUGCUGCUGAUGCUGCAUGUUUCUGGGGGAGUGCUCAAGUACCAGACCAACUUAGAGGAACACCCUCCUGGUUGCUUUAAUCCUAACAAAACACUGCAAGAGAAUAUGACGGCACCAAAGGCUUUUGAAGAGACAUUUCCUAACUAUACUACUGAGCCUUUCCCAGAGGACUUAUCAGUACCAGAACCCUUUGUACAAAAUAACUUCAUGAGAAUUUGUUCCAAGGAACCCAAGUUCCAGUCACACUUCCCAGAGACCUGGUUUUGGAUUUCUGGACCUCUGUGCUUGUACUGUGUGGAAAGGCUGUACCGCUACAUCCGCAGCAACAAACCGGUCACAAUAACUUCAGUGAUAAGCCAUCCCUCCAAUGUCCUUGAAGUAAGGAUGGUGAAAGAUGACUUUAAAGCAAGGCCUGGUCAGUAUGUUAUUCUGCACUGUCCAAGAGUGUCUGCACUGGAAAGCCAUCCAUUCACCCUUACAAUGUGCCCUACAGAUACCAAAGCAACAUUUGGGGUCCACCUUAAAGUAGUAGGAGACUGGACAGAAAGAUUUCGGGAUUUACUGCUUCUACAUUCAAAUCAAGAUACAGAGAUUCUGCCCAUCUUUCAGCAGAGGCGCUAUCCCAAACUGUAUGUGGAUGGACCUUUUGGAAGUCCCUUUGAAGAAUCCCUGAACUAUGAGAUCAGCCUCUGUGUGGCUGGAGGUAUUGGAGUUACACCAUUUGCAUCAGUACUAAACACACUGCUUGAUGGCUGGAAAUGCUACAAGCUCAGAAGACUCUACUUCAUUUGGGUGUGCAGGGACAUUGAAUCUUUCCGCUGGUUUGCAGAUCUGCUCUGUACGUUGCACAACAAGCUUUGGCAGGAGAAUCGACCAGACUAUAUAAACAUCCAGCUGUACCUAAGUCAAACAGAUGGAAUACAGAAAAUAAUUGGUGAAAAAUAUCAAGCUUUAAACUCCAGACUUUUGAUUGGGCGACCUCGGUGGAAACUAAUUUUUGAUGAAAUAGCCAAGUGUAACAGGAGGAAGACCAUUGGAGUUUUCUGUUGUGGACCAAACAAAAUCUCUAAGAUACUUCACAAACUGAGCAACAGCAGCAACUCUUAUGGGACAAGGUUUGAGUAUAAUAAAGAAUCCUUCAGCUGAAAGUCUCUUGGAUUAGCAAGACUCUCUAGAAGAUAAAAGUGCAAUUUUUUCUUCGUACAACUUAAGAAGUUCAGCUGUGGUUUAAACAGACAGAAAUGUACCAAAGAAUAGCACAGAUUUUUUUAUUUAUGAUUAUUUAAGACUUUGGAAAAUGGUGGAUUCAGCAGUAUACCAACAAAUAAUAAGUGCUUACGCUCAAAGCCGAAUGCACUCGCACAAUAUUUGUGGCAGAGGUGAUUCUUUGGAGUUGUUUCUGUUAAUUAAAAAGUACAGAAGCUGGGAAGAGUGACAGUUGCUUUAAAAGCUGAAGGAGGAAGAAUCUGUGGAAUGUUUGAACUUCUUCCAUUUCAGUCCUCUUUAAGCUGGAUCAGCAGACCAAACCAGGUUAAUCCAAAUGACAAAACAUACUAUAUUGCAAAGAGCUAUUGCUUUUGUUGGUAUACAAAUCUCAUGGCUUUGGGCUGGAGACAGUAAAGAUUUUAUGCAUUGCAGUGUCGGAAUUCUGUAUUUAAAGUAUAGAGUGCUACUCUCUCUAUCCUACUUCUGUAAUGGGUGUCAGUAUUCCCACCGUGGAUGGGAGAGGGGGUGGAAUAUGGAGGAAGAUGUAAGUUAACCUAUGGAAAAGUGAGCACAACUGUGUAGCACCUGUGAGCAACCCCCACAGUUCAUGCCUUUUCACACACAACCAGCUGCACAUGGAGCACUCUACCUUGCAUUGAUUCAGCAUUCAGUGAGUUUGCAAAAUAAGUGUGAUUGAUGCAGCUAGAAAGAAGGAGCAAGAAAAGCAAUUAAUGGGAGCAGAUGCAAUAUGAUGUUUUAUUAUACCACACACUCAACGUGCAAGUUGCCCUCAUUCUGUUCUCACAUGCCCUGACUGUCAAAUAUUUCCACCAUUCAGAUGCUCUUACUGAUUAUUUUACAACACAGAAGGUUGAAAUUCAGUUUUAGAAGUCCCAGAGUAUGCUUGGUUGACUGGGAUCCUUUGAUAACUUUCCCUGGAGUCACACUUGUUUGCACUGAUGUCACUGAAAGCAGGAUCAGGCCAGAUCUACAGCAGAGUAGGAAUGAAGUCUUCAUGGCUGUGGCUUUUGUGCAUCAUGUAUGCAGAUUUUUGCAGGAGCUGCUUUAUGGUUUCAGUAUAUUCCAAAGGGGAGGAUCUGAAACAUCCAAAUUCAAUCUCCCUUUCUCUUCUCCUUCCCACAGUUGUUUUCUACUCUGCUCAUAGUUGCCAUGGAAGGACUAGAGGGUGAAACAGACAUUUUAAAACUUUUUGGUUCUGAGGAGCGACUUUUUUUUCCCCUCCAUCCCAUAGUCAAUCCGAUUUCUUUUAUUUCUUCUUUACCUCCUUUACCUAAUUUUUCUGAGAAGACAUUUAAGCAGGAGUCAAGCACCUAGCUGGCAUAAAUAGGCAUAAUUCUAGUGCAUCUUAAUAGAGCAGCAUCACUUAUACACUUGCUGAAAACCUGCCCCUUAAUCUCCAGCAGAAGCUUGGGAGCAAUACCCUGUAGUGUUUGCAGCACACACAGAUAAGAUGGCUCAGCAUCUCUGAUGCCAGUGGUUCACCUGUAUUUAGCACAGUGCAUUUGAUUCACUUUACAGCUUUACAAUUAGUCCCUUUUUUAUUUUUGUAGGAAAGACACUAAUUUCCUGCUCACAAUGCAAAAACUCUGUACAGGGGUCUACAAGUGUCAGUAUCAGUGUUCAGAGGGAAACAUUUUUCAGGAGGUGAUGUGUAGGCAUGUUGUAUGUGUAACCAGUGAAAACGAGUUUGGUCUUAGCCUUGGCAGCUUCUGCUCAGGAGUUGCCUUCAGUGGAGCAGCAGGGUGAAGGGGUAGGAGUGAAGCCAUGUGGGGACAUGUUCCUCAGUGUCUGGACUUUGCAGUGAAGUUCUUACCUCUAGCUCUGCCCGAUUUGAAAUUCAGGGGGUAAGAAAAGAGCCAGAGAUGGAUGUGUUCCGACUGGUGAGAAUUGUCAAACUAGCCUGGUGGAGAGAGAAGCCAAAAUAGAAAUGCAGUGUGAGAUGGGAGCCUACAUUGCAGCUGCUGAUUUUGAUUUUUUUUUAAUCUGGAAGGAUAAUAAUUUUCCCAUUGGAUGUUAUUCAUCCAUCACUGUAAAACUGGAGGUAUGCACUAAAGAAUUAGAUUCUUUUUAAUAAUUAAUAUUUCUUUCUAAUACUGCCCACGUGAGUUUUAUAAUAAACAUAACACCGAUGGUGAUGGCAAUAUGCAUAGAGAGUUGUAUUGCUGAUCCCGCAGGCUUUGUUUGCUGACAGUUAGCUUGAAGCAUGAUUGAAAUCAUGACUGCGUCUAUUAACCACAACCAGACAGUGAUCUUUUUCCUCUUGUUUAAGGACCUAGUAUCUCAUGGUUUUUAAAUAUCAUCUAAUUCCGAUAUUGUUUGUGGUUUCACAUCUCCUCUCUGAUAGAUAGCAGGUCUCUUACCAUAUAAUGAGCAGCUGGUUUGGUAGUUAGCUCUGUGCUAAAACAGAUUAUAUUUUCUGGCUCAGCUCCUAUAUUGGAAUGGCUUUAUAAUUAAAAUAAUAACACUAGUACUGUGCUCUUGUUCUGCACUGUAAUGCUGCAUUAAAUGCCGGUUACAUUAGGCAGUGGUGUCAGAGCAAGAUUAAAGCAGAGCCUGGGUCUCCUCUUUCUGCCUUUGUCCUGUACCAAGCUCAGCUGACCCACUUGUCAAACAGGCUUGCGACUGUCUGCAUCUCUUGAGUGUUGUGAGGCUUAAUUAAUGUUUUGGGAUAACAUCUCUGCACCUGCAGUGAAAAGAUCUAUCUAAUUGCUAUGCAACUGUAUUUGUGUAUUAUUUUGUGUAAAGCAUCAUCUGACCAAACCUCUCUGUUGCUGAUACAAUUCCUGAACCAGGUGAGAGUGAGUUUCAGGAAAGGCUAAAAGCCUCAGUUACUCUUUUCCUUGAGCUGUGCUUUUCAGAGGGGCAAAAUGUUUAAGGCUUGCUGUGACUUGGCUUUAGGGAUGGCAGAUAUUAUCAUAAACAUGGUCUUUCUAGAGGCUGCAGUGUCCUCACUGCUUCUGAGUGUGCCUCCAGCUUGCAAAACUGAGCCAAGCUCUCUUUUAAACACUGUAGCUUUUUUAUCUGUAGGCCAAGUGUACAUGAAAAUAUAACUGUGCCAGGCAAAUAAGUGAAGGCUGACAGCACUUCAUUCCACGUUUACAGAUCAACUGGAUUUACAUAAUUUACUGUCUCUUUAUGCUUUAAACUGAGUCCUGUAAGUGGGUCUGUCAUAAAUGUCCUGCAGGCAGGGGAUGAAUCCUUCUAUGCAUUCUGCCAUUUCUCUCUCAGUCUGUCACAAAACUGCAGACCCCCCAGUGUUUGCUCAGUGGGAACUUUAUGUUUUAUUCAUCAUAAAUGUUUCAGGACUUUUCUUUAAAACAGAAGUAUUUUCAUGCCAUGAUGGUAACCAAGCCUUUUCUCUGCAGCGGGAAUCCAGCCCUCAUAGAGGAGUGUGAGACUUGGGGGCUUUUCACAGCUGACAGCUCAUUAAUCACAUUUACCCCCAAAAUCCUCUUGCCAUAGCACUGAGGCUACUUGUGUGAGUAAAUGUUCACUGUCAUAGCAAAGGACUGAGGACGUGAGCCCUGAUGGAGUGUGGGAAGGUGUGAUAAGGAAUGACCUUCACCUCUGAAGUCUGCAGGACAGCCCAUUCCUCCAUGAUGAUUAUUUGCUGAGUUUGGAGCAGCACUUCCCUGUUUAAGCAUAUGAUACUAAUAGCAUGUGAGUUCUUCUUCUGUCUUGUACCUGCUCUUGUAGGAGGCAGGACUGAAAGGACUAUGAGACAUCACUACAACAGCCUUGAACCUGGACUGGGGACAGGACACCAGUGUAUACCACAGAAUGCACUGCUUUGGGUAGAAAGUUUAAGCCAAAUUAAUUUUUCUGCAAAAAAAUCCAGUUGUUUUGCUUCAACAAACUAGAGAACAGUGGCUGAGAAAAGAGUUAACCCCUUUCUCUGAAGAUACCUGCCCACACCAGCCUGGUGUGAAGAUGUUUCUGAUAGCUCUGCAGACAUUCAGCUUCCAGUGCAUCCUGAUCAUGAGCUUACUCCCUCAGUGCUGAAUCCCCAUCGUUUUCCUUGGUUGCAGGUCUUGUCCUGUCUUGUUAGCAGAUGUGCCUUGCAGGUGAGAGAAGUGCUACAUAUACUUGCAACCUUGCACAGAUCCUGCUACAAGCAGAGAGCAACCUGUGAGUGUGCCUUGCAGCCAGUGCAAGUGCAGAGCCUUUCUUUCCCCCCUGUCAUGCAGUUGUGUCCCUCCCUUCAUUCUUCUAGCAUGUCGGUGAGAACGUGAUUUGGAGCUGGCUGAGAAGGGGCAGAUAAUAGGAGUAGCAAAUCAGACAUGUUGGGAGCAGUAAUUGAGCCUAACAGAGCAGAGAAGUAAUGGUUUGGUAAAAGAUUUGCCUUUAGAACAGCAUCCUAAGUGAAAAGCCUCUAGUCAACAUUAACGCAUCAGGUUAUAGUUUCAAACAAGAAGACAUUGCUCAGAGAAGCAGGCAGGAGCCUAACUAGUCAGUGCCUAUAGCAGUUCAAGUCUCAUAAAUCAGAGAAGAGUCAUAGUUAUUAAAAUGCAGUGUUUACUUGUUUUAAAAAUAAAAGGGCUUCUAGAGAGAUUAAUUUUCACUUCAGCCUGGCAAUCAUUUCAUAAACAUGCCAGGGUGAUUUAAGACAAGCUGGAUCUGUUCUUCUCUGCAUUAUGCAUCUGAUUUGUCUGAAGAUUUCCCACCCCUCACAAAUAAAAACAUUUUUUAUUGUUUUAACAAAGAGGAUUUAACAGCAAGGUUUAAUCAAAAUGCCACUGGUGUCCAUGCUGAGCUGAGAUUUUCUGCAAUGAAUGUGCAUUUUUCAAGGAUAUAUAUAGUACAGCUGACGACUCAGAUCUGCAUGAUGAUUUGGGGUUUGCAUCGUCUCUGCUGCUGGUGUAUUUCAUUAAGGCCACUGAAGUGAUGCACUGGUGAAUCUCAUGGAUCUGAAAUGAGACUCUUCAUUCCAAUAAAGAGCCUGAUAAUUUAGUGCCUGUACUAAGCAUAGUAAAUCCCAGAAACUGGAAUUUCCUUUGUAGGUACAGUAGGUUAAUUAGCCAACAUAUUUCAGGGUUGAAUCCAAGUCCUCUGCUGACUGAGAUAUAACAAAUGCUGUUGCCCAGAGGUUUUGAGCAACAUAUGCUACUAAAGGACUGGAUGAGUAUUUGUAAAGAUUUAGUAUUCUGCUAGUUGUGUCACCCAUGUUUCUAAGAGUGAUGGUAUCUGUUUUGAUAUUGUGGAAUGCUGUGCACUUCCUCUGAGGCUAUGGAUAUCUCCAAACUUCCAGUGGAUGCUCAAGGUUUGCCUUUCCUGAAGUGUUAGAUGCUGUAGAGGGAUCAUAUUUCUAAGAAACAACUCCUGGAGCUAUACUAACAGCAGUGGAACUGUCCCAUUAUUAAAGGAGCACGGAAAGAAAGCUGGAGAAAGCUACUCAUCCCAAAUGUAGAUUGCCUCUUAACAUAGCCCUUGGAUUUCUGAGGAUGUCAGACCUUGCAGAAGAUACAUGAUGUCUGCUGCUUCCUGGCAAAGUCUGUCCAUCUCACAGUUCAAAACACGAAACUCUCUUCCUAAUUUGUAUUGUUACGCCAGGAGGGGGAAGCCAAGAGCAGCUCCUGAAGUAUCAGGUAAAUUGCUGAGAAGCAACCCAAGAAGGACGGGAGAGCAUUAUGAAUGACAGCAAGGAGCAGGAUGAAAAAUUUGGAACCUAUGAAGAAGGGGAAUGAGUGAGACAUUUUUCCUGACGCCUCAACUCUAGAAAUUAUGAGUCAGCUCCACUGUCCGGAUGUGAAUACAAAGUCUCCCUGAAGUUAGAUAAUUAAUAUAUGCAAAGAUAUUGUCUUUCUGUGCACAACUUUAUGCUAAAGCACAUACAAAACCCUAGUAUAUUUUAGUAAAAAACUUGGAAAUAAGCAAUUUGUUUGAAAUAAAUCCACCACUGACUCUUUCCAGUUAACCUGAUUCAAAAAAAAAUAUCUACAUCUGUUUUGCAGCUUUGGGAUUGGGAAUGGCCUUAACUGUUAACUCCUCACCAAAAUACUGGAGCGUGUAGUUCUCUCUGCAAGCUGUAAGUAGCUUUGACAGUUGACUAAAUAAAAUCUGUGUUCAUUGCUGCUGACCCUAGGUAACGACAGCCUUGAGGAUGAGAAGCAGUGUUACAUAAAUGUCUAGUGUAUAUAGCAACUCUCUGUGAGGAGGGAUGCUGCUGCAUUGCUUUAGGUGCACCAGUCACACAUUAAAUUCUGUCAUUGCAAGGUCGUGUUGCUCAUCUCAUACUCUACAACCCUGGGGAAGAAAUUUGGAUGAGAGGUGGGGGAGGAAUAGCAAAAACUUCCUCCUCGUAUGGUAACCAAGAAUUUGUUCAUCGACAGCAGGGCAUUUUUUUUUUUUACUUAUUUCAAAAGAGCAUAUUGUUUCUUUUUCAGGGAUAGCAGGUUCUUUGCUGGUGCUGUGUUGUGUUUGCAUGUUAGACAUGUAACACAGUGAUAACAGGUUGCUUCUGAAUUGGAUAAAUAAGGCCUCUGAGCCUUUUCUUCUCCCUAUGAUAAUCUGAGAGAAUUGCAAAAUGCCACAGAGCAUAUCGAGUGGACUGUGUCCUGAGCUGCCCUCAGUGCAGCCUGGUUAGGAAUGCUGCACAGAAGCUCUGCAAGCUGCUGGGAAUCUGUGAGGUCUAAGGCAAAGAGGAAAACAAUGCUUUUAAGGAGAAACACAGCAGUGAUACAAGAUCUGUAGUCAGGAGCAGGCCAUGUCACAAUAUCUUUGAAUGGGACUGAGUCACAGCCUAUCCUAAAGAUCUGCUUUGGCAUCAGGGAAAGUCGCAGGCUCUUGGAUUUAGUCUGCAGUGUGAGAUGAAAGCAGGUUAAGUGUGACUGGGUGAGCCAUCUACGUGCUCUUCCCACGUUGGAACUCGGACUUCUUGUAUCUGAGGGUGAAUUGUGUAGAUAACGAGUGCAGUGUCAGUUGUGUGAUUAACUAAGGACAUACCCUUUUUAUUUCUGUAGCUUUGGAGAAGCACGUUGUUCAGGGACAGGGGAGCAGGGUAUGUUAUUGAACCUCCUUGGGUGUUAGAUGCUUGAAAGCAUGUGCUGUCCCAAGCAGAUGAGGAUGGUGAGUGCCAGCUUCCACUGCUGACUCAAUAUACCCUGUCUGUAUUUGCACUAGUGUUCAUCAGGAAUAAAUGGCAAGAUCUCUGUGUCAGAACAACAUAAAUAACUGUUAAAAAUAUUUCAUGAGUAUGUGAAGAUUCACCUAUGGCAUUAUUCUUUUUGAUUCCUUAAGCACAUGUAACUGAUUGAUUUACACUUUUUGGGAAAAAUAAAAUGUCCCCAAGCAGAGCUUAAAAACGUGGCUGAGAUUCAGCUUGACAAAAGAUCUUCACCUGAUAGUGAAGUAUCAUUGUCAAUUGGAGCUGGAUGUAUGUCAGUCUACUUCCUCUCUGGAAGAUUAACAUUGUGUGUUGUGUCAAGAGGCUUUUUCCACCCUCUGCUUCCUUCAACUCAGAAAAAUUCCAGUUUGGGAAAUGCAGAGGUCCUCAGUUUUGAUCAUAGCAUACAUCAGCCUUUCUAACUUUCUUGAUGUACACAACCCAAUGCGGGUCUUGAAGUCACUUUCGUUAGCUGUAGGAAAGUGGAGGGUUGCAGUGUCCUAGUCCUGGAGGUGGUUUUUGAAAUGAGAGGAGGGGCAGCGCCUCAAGGACAGCUGUGUAGAAUAUUGGGUAAACUCCUAAUAGCAAAGGUUAUGUCUGGAUGAGAAUCAGGGAUUUGGUUUUGUGAAAGGUCAUUUGUGGCCAUCACAGAAAUGAAGUCAUGUUUCUGCCUUCACACAUUAACAUUUCAAGACAGUGGGCAGUGAUACAAAGGGUUGCUUUUUUCAACUACAUUCUCUUUCUGUACAGCCCCUAGUUUAUCAGCUUCAUAUAAAUUCCUCCUUUCACUGAUUAAAUAUUUCCUCUCCUGGUUUCUUUGCUUCAGGGAGCUUGAGAGCUCAUUGUUUAUAAAGGGAAAGAGGAAGGAUUGUGCUGUCAAGCAGAUAACUCCCAACACAUGUUCUGCUCUGCAUCUUUGAGAAGGAGUCAGUGAUGCUGCUGCAAGUGCAGAAGGACAGAGCUUUCACUGAGAUUCAGAUGUGACCAAGAGCCUCUUCCAGGAUUCAUAUGCUGAUGAAGGUCUGGGCUUAUUAAUUACCUUUUUCUGAAACAAGAAGCUGUAGCCCAUACAUGCCAGGUUGUGAAACCCUUAGUCCCACUGAGAUUUUCUCUCCCUGUGUUCCUUCUAAUCACUUGCAAGAACAAAUUUGAUGAAGCACAUUUGGGUAAGAAAUUGUUCCUUUGGCCUGUAAUGGCUUAGGAGAAAAGUCAUAAUUAUGACAUUUUUCCUCAAACUGAUGUCCAAAAAGAUAUUUUGACUGGGCCAGAUAUAUUAGUUCCAUGAUGUGCCUAUGUUUGGUUUUUUGUUGGUUGUUUGGUUUUGGGUUUUUUUUCACAUUCUGUGGUUUUACAUUGUUUAUAUAAAAAUAUUUUCAUUUCAGAACAAAAAAAAAGCAGAACAAAUAACCCAAACACUUUUUUACAUGUGAAGUGUUACUCUGUCCAAAAUGUCUUCAGAGAUGCUUAGAAGAAGAGUGGAAAUCAGCUGGAAGAAACUAGUGUUUUCUAACAUCAAAGCAUUCUUUGGGGUUUAUUUCUUACCAACCUUCUUUAGUGAAAAUACAGUUCAAACUAAGCAAUACUACCACAAUCUGAGCUUUGGCAAGUGAAUACCUUUCUUUUAAAGCAAAGCAUCUCUAGGAUCAUGUCUACACUGUCAUCUGAACCUUCAAGGCAUUGUCUAGACUUGGGUCACUCCAUAACUUAAGCUCAGAGGCUGAACCAGCUGCUGAGAGCUCAAAAAAACAUGUGUACUGAGGGCAGGGAGCAUGUUGGGCAUUCAGCUUCUUUAGCCAGAGUUUAUGUUCUCUUGUAAUGGUUUCUGAGGUGGUGAGAAUGUAUAGAGUUAGGAAUUAUCUUGGAAAGGAAGACAACAAAUGUUCCAUUUUUUCUCUUACUUUGGAUAGUUAUUUGGGCCUUAUAAGCCAUGUGAGAGUUUAACAUGAUAAAUGUCCAGGAACUGGGCACACUGGUACGUGUGUGGGUAUCCUGAAAAGACCUUAGGCUAUGAUCCCACUAGUCAAAGGACUUUUUUGAACCAGAGUGCUAUGCAGACAAAAAACAAUUAGUGAAAAUCCAGACUCAGGAAUAAAGAAAUGGACCCUCAAUUAAAUUGUUCACAUCUCUAAAAUUUGAAAAAGGCAAUAAAGUAAGAUCCACUUUCCAAUUUUUCUUUUAAGAAGUAAGCUUUGGAAGUUGUUAUUUCCAGGUAACCUGUAUAAUGUGAUAGAAAAAAAACAAUACCCUGUCUUUUCUGUAGUUGCAGGUCUUUUUCACUACUGACCACAUUCGUCCCUCACUCUUUCCUGUCCCAAGAAAAAAAGGGGCCAGAAAAUCUGUUCUGAAUUUCCAAUUCUGUAAUUAUAUAUUUUUUUUCCACUAGAGCUGAAACAAAAUAAAAAUAAUGUAUUAAAACUCAAGGGGGCAUUUACUUUUUUAUCUCUAUACAAUGUGCAAGAUAUCCAUUUUGGAAACUUCUAGCAUAAAUGUCCACAAUUUCGAGUACUCAGUGUUCUUUUCAGAGAUGCCUGUUUACAUAAAUGUAAUUUCAAUCUGUUCUUAUGUUUUUAUACAUCAGGAUGUGGUACAAUUCUUUGAAGAGAAAUGUCUGCUUAGUUUCCAAGUGGAACAGAAAGCAAAAAAUUGGUCCUGAACUUCAAUUUGUAAUUUUUUCCCCCAGGCUUGACUAUAAGAACAAGAAUACUGCUUAGUGUGUCCCUGCCCACAAGAAGUCAUACUUCUUGUCAUAUGAAACACCCUAUUUUGUAGCUUCAGCUUGCUGCCUCCCAACACAACAGAGGAACUAUGUUUCACUGGCUGGAAGGAUUUAAAUAGGUCACUUGUCGCUGUGUGCCUCAUAAACUUCAAAGAGUAAGCAAUAUGCUUUUUGACUCUUCUAGUCUCCAUCAAAUGAAGCAAAGCUAUUUACCAGUUAGCUGGAUAACAAGACAGAGGUAGAAUAUUGGUAAUAAUAAUUAAAAAAAAAGUUUGGGGUAUUAUUUUCUUCUGUUUUUUUCAGUCCUUUCCAGAUUUUUUUAGUUCUUAUCUUUUUCCUGAGUCGUGCAGAAAUCUGUUCCCAUUGUGUCCCUUUCUUAAUUGUGAGGGUAGGUGCAAACCAUUGGCUAAAAAAGGGAUCAGUUAGGGACUGAUCCUGGGCUGUAUCCCAUCAUCUAGCAGAGUUUCCUGACAAACCAGUCAUGCUGCUUAGGAUUUUCAGAGUAACAUAAUUAAUACAGGUUCACUGAGAUUUUGAUACCAACUGCAUUAGGCUUCUUUCCAAAACCCUGCAUUCUUUUUGCUUACCUGUAAAAUGGGGACAGUCACACCUGAAAAGAGUUUUUUAGAUUUGGCUGGAAAAUAGUCCAUAAUUUCAAAUUUGUUUUGUUAAAGUGCAAAAUUCUAAUUGCUGUAUGGAAAUGAUUGUUCUUUCAAAAAAUAUGGGACUGAAUUAGCCAUUCUAUCUUAAUGGCAAUCCUGAUAAGUAAAGUAUUUGGCUGCUGAGUUCUGUUGCUGUUCAGAUGUUAUUUUUACAUUCUGUUUUAUUAGCAGGACACCCUAAUGUGAAUUUAUGUCUCUUAUUGUAUUUGACAAAGCACCAUACAUUUAUACAUCAUGUAAUUAUGGCACUGUACACUCCAAGUAUUUACUUUACAGGAAGCUUCAUGACUUUGGAAUAAACAACCAUUCCA